UUUCCACCAACCAAGAAGACGUUAAUAUUCCAGAUGUUCUAAUUAUAACUCAUUAUAAAAAUCAAUACAACCCCAGUUGUCUUGAAAUGAAACAAGUAGAAAAGACAAAAAACGACACAAUGAAGGACCCGUUGAUGUGCCGUCUCGGAUGACGACUAUCCGCCAGUCAAAUGACGAGGUUGAUUCCAAAAAGUCCUGUUAAGACAGGACAUAAGAAGCUGCAGAAAAGGCUGACCUACGUUUUGCGCCCCGAUCAGGCGUUGCAGGUCCAGAGACUGCGGCAAAAAGAGCGAGAAGAGCAACACAGCCAGGAGAUGCAGAAGAUGAGGCAGAUGUUGGUCACCUAUGAUGAACACAUGCACUACAGUAACACCUGGAGGACGGUCCUGGCCCAGAUCAGAAAAAUCAACAAACUGAACAUCCUCUUUCAGAACGAGAGGGAAUCUCACAAACAAGAGAUUCUCAGGGUGCAAGGGAUCGAGUCAGAACUCAGGCAGGAACUUCAGGACAAUGUAGAGAAAUACCAAAUCCUGCAGGAGAAGUGUACACAUCUGGAGACCAUUGGUUCCAACACCAUCAAGAAGAAUGAGCAGCUGGAAGGUAAAGUGAGCGAGUUGGAGGUUCAGAUCAAUGAGAAGGAGAACAUGCUGCAAAGGUUCCAGACGCUGUCUGAGAACGUUCAGGAUGGCAGUGGGGACAGGGAGGAACUCCAGAAGACCAAGACAAAGUAUGGAAGUACUAAGGAUUGUAACCAGUCCCAGGCCGAAGACUCCUGUACGGUGCUGGUGAAAACCCUGGAAAAGCAAAUAGAACUUCUGCAAAAAAACAUUUCCGAGCUUGAGUUCCAGGCCUUGGAAAACCGAAGCACGCUGCAGAAAUUUCAGACAGAGUUGAAACAACGUCUGGAAGAAGCCGGAGGGAAGGAAGAACUUCAGAGGACGAACGAAAAGUACAAAGUCAUGGAGAAGCAGUACGCACAGUUACAGACAGCGGCUGCUGAUUUAAUGGAACGGGCGAAAAGGAACAAGAAAAAAAUCGAGUACCUGGAAAACAAAAUUCAUGAGCUGGAGUUCCAGGUCGUGGAGCGCAGGAACAACACCUCACUGCAGCUUCACUGCGACUUUGAAAAACUCCAGGAAGAAAAUGUUUACCUUAGAGAGAACCUAAGGAGUGAGACCAAGAAAAACGUUCUGCUGAGGGUCAAAUUUCAGUACCUUAAAGAAAAGCUGGAGAAAAGGUUGGACAACACCUGGAAGGUCGCAGAACCACGGAAAGAAGAGAACUCUAUUCUGCCAAAAACCAAGAACUAUUUUAUCCUAAAUAUGGGUUCUUUGCAAGACACCUUUUUAGGAUUUGAAACACACAAGAGCCUGCCUCUGUUGGAGAAGGUGGAUGAAGAGGAGAAGACGGACGACCGGAGGUCUGACUCCUCUGCCCAGCCUCAAGAGGACUCUUUGGUUCCGGAUCUACAGAGUCUGAAGCAGCAGAAUCUAAAAAUGCCAGUUCCAAAGCUAAAGGGUCCGGACCUGCUGGGCACAGAACCACAGCAUCCAAUCCUGUGGGAUCCUGAGGCUCUAAAUCCAGAUCUCCAGGACCCAGAUGCACUGGCUCCAGUGUUCCAGGUUCCAGAGCGGCAGGAUCUGGACAUUUACCCCCUGUUUCUGAUGCUGUUGCUCUGCUACAUUGUCACAAAUUAUUUUUUAUGUUUUAGAACAAACAGAUUUGACUGUGGCCACUGGCAGUACUGAAAAGUAGUGGCAUCUCAUCACGUCAUCUUUCCAUUCAGUACCAAGUCUGUUUGAGAACAGUAUCUGAUCUGACCAUACUUACGUUACAAGACAUUUGUACCAGGGACAAGUACCAACCAGUGCUGACUUGCAGGACUACAUUUUUGGAACUGUGUUUAUUUUCACUGCAGGAAAUAAUAUUAGUGCCAAAUACUUAAGUCUGGUGCUGGAG